GCGGCCGGCGCGUCCCCGCGCGCCCCUUCCCCCUCCCGGCGACUUCCUGGUUUGCAGAAGGUGCAGGAGCGGCCGGGGCGGCCGGGGCGCGGGCACCGAGAGGCCCGGCUUCGGCGGCGGCGGCGGGGGCGGUGGCCACGCCGCUGCUGCUGCUGUCACAGAGAGGCUCGGGGGUGGGCAGGGAGGCGGGGAAGCUCCGGGGGCGCCGACGACAUGGACCCGGCGCGGCCGCCGCUGUGAGCGGCCUCCUGGGCGCGGGCGGGCGGCGCGACCCUCGGGCGGCGCUGGGCGGCGGCCACCGGCCCCACCGCGACAUGUAACCAUGGACUGCAGGAUCAAGGAAAAUCCAGAAAGAACCUUUGACUUGGUAUUGAAAGUGAAAUGUCAUGCCUCUGAAAUUGAAGAUCCUGUGGUACUGUGGAAAUUCCCAGAGGACUUUGGAGACCAGGAAGUACUACAGACCGUGCCAAAGUUCUGUUUCCCUUUUGACGUUGAAAGGGUGUCUCAGAAUCAGGUCGGACAGCACUUUACCUUUGUACUGACGGACAUUGAGAGUAAACAGAGGUUUGGAUUCUGCAGGCUCACGUCAGGAGGCAGAAUCUGCCUGUGCAUCCUUAGUUACCUGCCAUGGUUUGAAGUAUAUUACAAGCUUCUAAAUACUCUGGCAGAUUACUUGGCUAAGGAACUGGAGGACGAUUUGAAUGAAACUCUUGAAUCUCUGUAUAACCACCCAGUACCAAAGGCCAACACUCCUGUCAAUUUGAGUGUGAACCAAGAUAUAUUUAUUGCCAGUGAGCAAGUUUUGAAAGAUCAGCCCUCGGUAGUACCGCAUUCCUUCUUCAUUACCCCUGACGUAACUGGACUCCCAACAAUACCUGAGAGCAGAAAUCUUACUGAAUAUUUUGUGGCCGUGGAUGUGAACAAUAUGCUGCAGCUGUAUGCCAGUAUGCUGCACGAGAGGCGCAUCGUCAUUACCUCUGCUAAAUUAAGCACUUUAACUGCCUGUCUCCAUGGAUCCGCUGCUCUGCUGUACCCCAUGCACUGGCAGCAUAUAUACAUCCCUGUGCUUCCUCCGCACCUGCUCGACUACUGCUGCGCACCAAUGCCAUACCUGAUUGGAAUACACUCCAGCCUCUUGGAGAGAGUGAAAAACAAGUCAUUGGAAGAUGUGGUUAUAUUAAAUGUUGACACAAACACUUUAGAAUCACCAUUUAAUGACUUGAACAACCUCCCCAGUGAUGUGGUCUCGGCCUUGAAAAAUAAACUGAAGAAGCAGUCCACAGCUACCGGUGAUGGAGUGGCCAGAGCCUUUCUUAGGGCACAGGCCGCUUUGUUUGGAUCCUACAGAGACGCACUGAGAUACAAGCCUGGUGAACCCAUCACUUUCUGUGAGGAGAGCUUUGUGAAGCACCGUUCAAGUGUAAUGAAGCAGUUUUUGGAAACUGCAGUUAAUCUCCAACUUUUUAAGCAGUUCAUUGAUGGGCGACUGGCGAAACUCAAUGCCGGAAGGGGGUUUUCUGAUGUGUUUGAAGAAGAGAUCACCUCAGGAGGCUUCAGUGGAGGGAACCCGAGGUCAUACCAACAAUGGGUGCAUACAGUAAAGAAAGGAGGUGCUCUGUUCAACACAGCAAUGACCAAAGCAACACCUGCCGUACGGACAGCAUAUAAAUUUGCGAAAAAUCACGCGAAGCUGGGCCUGAGGGAAGUGAGGAGCAAGCUCAAGUCCAAGGAAAAUGAGGAAGAUUAUGGUCCCUGUUCUGGCUCUGUGCAGUAUACACCAGUUCACAUGGUGCACAGUGAGAAGGAAGAAACCCUACAGACACAUAAGACAGCCCAGGCUCGCUUAGAGAGGCCCCUCAAGACCCUCGAUGGUGCUCUCUGUGAUGCCAAUGAUGAUGACAUUGAGAGAGCCAGCAAGUUGUCUUCCGAGGAUGGUGAAGAAGCUCCAGCUUAUUUUUAUGAAAGUGAUGACUCUGCUGACCCCAGAGAGAAGAUCCCUUACUCUGGGGAAAUGGACUUACUGGGCGAGAUCCUUGAUACCUUGAGCACCCACAGCUCAGACCAGGGGAAGCUGGCAGCUGCCAAGAGCCUGGAUUUCUUUAAAUCAAUGGAUGAUAUUGAUUACAAACCCACUAAUAAGUCCAAUGCUCCCAGUGAGAACAACCUGUCCCUUCUAUGUGGGGGUUCCGGUGAUCCAGCCGGAUGGCAUCUGGGACAGGACGACAGCGUCCUCCAUGGCAGACACCUGCCUCCCUCGCCCCGGAAGCGGAUUUCCUCUAGCGGUCUGACAGAGUCUCUGUUCAUCUGGAAGGAGGAGAAGGGUGAAAAGCGCCGCAGCACCCACAGCAUGCAUGGCCCUGCUGUGGCGGGGAAGCCAGCUGCUCCCUCCGGCUUGGACUUCCGGCCAGCUCUCUCUGAGGUUUCCCAAACUGACCGAGAAAAAACGGAAAAGGAAAUGUUACCCCCGGUUUCUGACGAUCCCCUUGUCCCCAGCCUUGGGCGAUGUCCAUCUACUUCUGUUCCUUGGGAGAAAGAAGGAAAAGAAGCCAAAGAGACUUCAGAAGAACCCGGCCUGUUCCACGAAGUCGUGUCCCUAUGUCACUUGACGGCUGACAUUCAACAAGGCUACCAUGGCCCGGAGGAAAACACCAGUGGAAACAAAGCCUAAAUUGCCAAUCGGCAAUCAGUCAUUUGCAUCUAAGCUUCCUUUCUGGAGAUGUUUGGCAAUUCUAUGUAAUCUGUAUAGUAAGCAGAAUUAUUUGUAGGAAUGACAACUCUUACUACUAUUUAA